CGAAGCUACCCAUAACCCCCACAUUGUUCGUCAAUCUGCGGUAAACUCAAAACCCAGAGCCUUUUCAGAAAACAAAAUGCAGCAGAGAAAAAUUUCUGCAUCUGGAAGGCCAUCUGGGACCGACGGCUCUGAUUUUUCUUAUCGCAUGGUCGUCGAUUCCCGGUACACAAGGGUUGCGAAAGGGAAAGUUCGUCUCUCUGCUCUUAUCUUCACUCAGGCUUUCAUCCACUUGAUAGGGUCGGUUUACAUAUAUCUAUCUACAACAAAGGAGGAGGGCCCCAAUAGGCUUGCUGUUGUGUCUGCUUCUCUUGGCUUAAUAUCUCUUAUCAUAGGGGAAAUAGGUCGAAAGCAAAGUAAAAUCAGUCUGUUGAGAGUUUGCAUGCUUGGAUCAUCUAUUGCAAUACUUCUCUCAAUAUUUUGUGUUGUCAAGGCUAAAUCAAUUUUAGAGGUUAUUAAAAUCCCAAGUGACUGGGAAGCCAAGAAGUUUGAACUUCUUGAGACUGCUCAUGUUGUUCUUGGAUCACUGGUACAGAUAUUUCUGAUCAGUACUAUAAUUUCCCUCAUUGAUAACAUGUCUCCUCCUAAGAGAGCUUCUUGACAGUUUGCUAAAUUGUGAAACAGGGGAAACAGUGAGGAUGAAAGCUUGUUAGAAACUGGUUAGUUUUGGAGUGUGAAGACAGACAACUGGGACCAUAUGAACUUUGGAAUUUCUUUGCUUAAGCAAUGUUCAAUUAUUUGUUAAAAUGAAUGCAAUUUCGCAAAUUAUUGCUGGCCAGCCAACUUUUUAUCAUUUAAUUUGCAUUAGAGCAUUAAAGGGGUUGAUUGAAAUAACGUUUGUAACCGAAAAGAUGGAAAAUGGCUAAUGGUUCCAUAGAUUUCUGAUA